UUUAUUACUCAAAAUAAAAGUGUAACAUCUAAUUUAAAACUUCCUAAAAUAGAAAGUGUAACAUCUAAAAAAAAACGGAGGAAGUAUAUCAAAUAUUUUGUACACAUAGUUAUCAAAACUGCGUGCAUUAAAUAUAAAAAUAUUAUUAUGCUGGGAUUUAUGUCAAAAUCACGUGUCGAUCGGUAUCAGUGUUUACAUUUCUAGCUUCUUAUACUUAACCCUUAAGGAUACCAUAUAGGAGUAUCAUUUUUGUUUUUAAUGAUAAUACACUUUAUUUAUCUUAUCUAAGACUAAUGCUAUUUCAUUUGAUAAAUAAUCAUCAUUCUAGAAACAAUAAGAUUUGAAAAUUAUGUUCUUUCAUGAAACUUUUAGGGUUGUUGAUAAGUGUUUAACUAAUUGUUUAAGGCAUAAAUGUAAUAAUUUAUUCCCUUUUUCUACAUUGUUUAAAACAGUUUGAAAAUAUUCAAGCUGUGACUUAGAAUGUUGUAACUUAUGAAGUCAUAUAAUCCAGAUCUUGUAGACAAUGUGAGACCGAAGGGCUAAUUUCCUUGUGAAUUGAUCAUACUUGCUUAUGAUCCUUAUACGUAUAGAAGAAAGAAAAACCAACUGAUAUCUAAAUCUUAGGUAUUCAAAUGUGAAAUAGGAUAGUGGGAAUCCACGUAAAGUGAAGUUACAUAAUUACCCCUACAAACUCAUGUUACUAACAUUCAGGUAUCUACUCUUUCUCUAAAAGAAGGGGGAGGUGGAGGGAAUAUUCAUACUUUGGGAUAGAAUUCAAAGCUGGACUAUAUAAAGAGGGCAGGGGGUAUUGCACACAUGUGGCAAGUUUACCUGAGCCAGAGACUAGAGGAAAACCAACUUACUGGGCUUCGAUUCUACUUAAGGGGUUUGCGUGUGUGACUAAGAUGAUCAGAUUCAACAUAUCAACUGAUAAUUACAUGGUAUUUAUCCAACAAGUCCGAGAUUGGGCAAAGGAUCCAAAUAGGUUUUCCCAUGGCCGCCCUGUCCUUCCGCAUCCACCUCGGACUAUUCAAGAAGCACAGUAUAUGGACAUUGAGUUACGAGCAAAAGAUGCGAAACAAAUAGAACGAGUUUUGACUGUGAAAUUAAGGCGGCAUGACCUCUACGUUAUUGGCUAUCGGAUGGAUGGAGCCAACAACUGGCUUGAGUUUAAGUGGGAUGAUCCUAAGCUGAAGUUAAUUCCCAAGUCUGAUUCUCUUGGGUUUGGUGAGAACUAUGAUAACCUAGGUAAGCUAGAAAAUCUUGAGAAGGUGGGCUACACGACACUCAAACAGACCAUUGCUGACCUUGCUGUAACCACAGACAGCAACACCAGGAAGUCCUCGUUGCGUGCUUUAGCUGUUAUGAUAUCAGAGACGGUUAGAUUUCAGAAACUAUCUGAUACUUACGCCCCAGUGAUGCAGGAGCUAAAAGAUAUCAAAUUUGAUGAGACUUGGAUGGAACCUCUAAUUAAGAAUUGGGGUGGUCUUUCUGACAUGUUACUACGUGAGGAUCAAUUUGCCAUUUACUUCCGCCUACCUCGGGAUAAAGAGCUGAAUCUGCCCAACAUCCUCACAAGGACAAAGGAGCUAGGAAUAGUCACUUCAGCAGAUGCAGCCAAGUGUAUUGCAGUGUUAAAAGGAAACUAUCCAACACCAAGAUUGAAGGUCACUGGUCUUUCUGCCUCUGCUGAUUCAGGUACCUCGAUUCAAGGUAAAGGAUUACCUCUCCUCCAGGUGUUUUCAGUUCGUAUAAACAACACUGCUGGUCAAAUUUACGGAAAGAUUCAAGUCGAUGAUGGCUUGGGUACCUUCCAUCUCUACAACCGACAGAGGACUUAUUACGAAUCCAUUACCGAGACUCUGACCCUUACUGGGCCCUAUCGUGGUACAUCAGCAAGUCAAUACUUUGAAGUGAGUCUCGAUCUCAAAAAGCUGGGCAGUACCGCUUCUUCUGAUGCUGAAAUCAGCAGCGGGAGUUUCUCAUGGGAUCUUUGUCAACUCAGCAACAAUGAUUACUAUGACAAGCGCCUAAGCUAUGUUGUGAGUGGCAAAGGUGGGUCUGCAACAGUGUACUACACCCCGUUUCAUGAUGCAGUGCAGGCUAAUGUGGAAGUUGUGCUCAUCAACGGAGAUGGUAAAGACCCCGCUGAAGUUUAUGGAAGCCUGGUUGCUCGUUAUAGCAACUACGAUUAUCCCACUGGCAGUGACAAAGCUAAAUAUUACCAAACUACACUUUUUAACAAGCCGAACAAAGAGAUUGUGAAGGUAAAACCUGGGAGCCCCAUACCAUUGUCUAGAUCUGUAAUCGCUGUGCCUACUACGGGGUCCUUAAUAACUGAAGCAAACCUUUCUGUUAGUUCUGGAAAAGAAAUUGCGAAGGGGACAGCAGAGUUUCCUCCUCAGUUGGAUGGCAAAACCGUGAAAGAUAUCAAGGGAAAGUACGGUCUUGUUCGAGUGACCGUAGCAUGGAAAGGUCGGAUCUCUGAUGAUUGAUCGGAAAACAUAGUUCCUAUUCGCAGCCAACCACCACUUUUCUGGUAAUCGAAAUGUCUUCGUUUGGUUGCUUAAUAAUGUAUCCAUAUGUGUGCGGUGUAAUAAUGCCUCCCACUUUAGGGAGGAAUAUCGUUUUUCUUUUUGCAAUAUGUUUUCUCUUUUCUCUCCUAGCACAUGGGACUCUCUUUGUAUCUUUCUGACUUUCUCCUCUCUUUGGCCAAGUAAAAAUAACGGAGAAAGUAUAUUAAAGAAAUAUUGCUUUUCCCUUAAAAAUAAAGGAAUGUUGCUUUUAA